GGACCGCCAUGAUAUCAUAGAAGACUAAGACGAACGGAAGUGAACAGUGACUAAGAACAAUUUCCGCGUUAGCGUUUUUAUUGUUAAUAUUUAGAUGUGUAUUACCACCAUGGAACUCAAAAUAUGACUUAACUGCACAGCAUCACAUACUUAACCCAUGUAGUUUUCAAUUCGCGUUGGAGACCGGACUUGGUUGAUAGAUGUUAUCUAGGUAACGCUAGCUAGCUGCUAACAAUGGCUAACUCUAACGGUAUGGUUUUUCACACUCAAAUAGCCUCCAUCAUGGAGGUGCUAGCGAAUGCAGCCGUGGCAGAGAUCUGUAAACUCGUAGACGAUGACUAUGCAGUGUUUCGUUUGGAAAUAACUCAAAGCCAGAAAGAAAACAGGUCAUUGCGGAAGAAACUACUGGAACUGAAGGUGGCACGGGAGCGCGCAGAGAGGACAGCACGAGAGCGCGUCCUCGCCAGUAGUGUCAAGAUCCUCGACCGAUACAGAGGAAUGGCAAGAGGUGAAGGACAUCUCACUGCAGGCCACAGGAGCUUUGUGAAGCCAGCGGGACACAAUACAUGGAGAGAUGACCAACCAAUCACUAUUGAUGAGGGGAGUGGAACCUCAACCCAGCAAGUUAUUGUGAUAGAGUCUGCAGAUGCAGAGACUGCAGGUCCUGGGGUCAAGCAGGAGAGGUCUGAAGGAGAGGAGAACCCACGGCACAGCAGAGACAUCCAGACUGGAGCAGCUGGAGUGCCCCCUGUAGCCACAGAGGACCCCACUACCACUGCUGCCCAGCCCAGAACCCAACGCAGCAUCACGGAGGUCAGUGGAACGCCGAACGCCGUCCUCAAGUCAGAGACAGACACCAAGACUUUAACUCUACACACAGGAUCUGACCACAGGUCAGACCCAGAGACACUGGGGCUGAGGAGACUGGGCUGUCCUCCUGCUCCCGGCUUAGAGUAUUUACCGGUAUUUCACCAAAUUCAGAAGAUGGUUAAUUCCCGUGGAGAUGGUGACACGUUAGACACUGAAGUUGAUGAUCCCUCUUGUUCUUACACUACAGAGAUGGACCCUGGCAACAUGCCCUUGGGUUUAAAGAGACAGACUGAUCAGUCGAAAUGGGACUGGAACCAGUACAGUAGUAGUGCAUGCUCUGAAGGGUGCCUAGAUAAGAAAGGAGAGGGUCUGGUCGUAGAUGAGGUGACUGUGAAAGUGGAGGGGGAUGUUCCACCCACAUGGAAUGCAGAUAGUCACCUUGGAGACGGACACUCACAGGGCAGAGAUUUCUUAGAUUACAGGGAAAGCUUAGAGAUAAAUCCAAAUGUCACCACCCACUCCCCUUUACACGCACUCAGGGAUUGCAACCUAGUGUCCACGUCGAUGGGACCUUCCGAUUCACACAGCCGCAUCCUUUUCAAUCAGGUAUUGAACUCAAACGACAGCGCUAGAGUCCAGACUCAGGGAGGGGGAGCCACAUCAGGCAAUAUUAAAGAGAAACGGUUCCUCUGCAUGUUCUGUAACAAAGGCUUCAGCUGCCUCCAGAAGGUGGAGAUCCACCAGAGGGUCCACACAGGGGAGAAACCCUUCAGCUGUACCCAGUGUGAGAAGAGGUUCUCCCGCCAGGACCACCUGAAAAGGCACCAGAGGGUCCACACAGGGGAGAAACCGUUCAGCUGUACCCAGUGUCACAUGCGCUUCGCCCAGGCUGGUCACCUGAAGAUGCACCUGAAGGUCCACACGGGAGAAAGGCAGUUUGCCUGUACACACUGUGGGAAGAGGUUCUCAGAGAGGAGCUACCUCAGGAUACACCAGCAGAAAAAACAUUCCACUCUAUAAAAUAGAAAGUUACCCUGCAUUAAAGACAAAGAUUCAUUUUCAUUGUUGUCAGCAGAAAUUUGGGAUAAUAAGAGUAACACAUUUCAGUGUUGAAUAGAAUAUUGUAUCCAGAUGUUACUUAUUUAUAUAAGCCUAAAAAGUCUGUUUCAUAUUGUUUGUGCUAUGUAGGCUAUAUGGUGUUCACAAAUUUUCCCAAGAAAUAUGUAUUCAGUUCAUCAAGUUCAUGCUGUUUUUUAGUUGAGACAUGUGUAUGUGUGGUUUUCAUAUGGUGUAUUUAACACUUGUUUGUAUAAUAAACACAAAAUGGGACUUUU